AUGCCUGGUACUCUUAAAGUUUGGCCAGACUGGCCCGAGUUCACAUCCUCCAAAGGAGAAGCAGACCCAACUGGUUCUCUGUUGAAGUACAAGCAAGAGAUCGUCUCGAUUAACGGUCAGGAGAACAUUCAAAAAUCAUGGCUGAAAGUCUGCAAAGAGCUGGAAACUCUCACAGAUGAGAUAGCCGAAAAGGGAACGAACAUCAUCCCAGAAGUCAAGUAUGAGGAUAUGCUCAACUUAAGCGAGGAGAAGAAAGAGGAAUUAAAAAAGCGAGGCUGCUUUGUCGUUAGAGGAGUGGUAUCUGAGGAGCAAGCCAACACUUGGUUCAAGGACCUCAAGCAAUUCUACCUGGACAACAAGUCAGAUAUUUCCGGCUGGCCAGAAGAAACUCCAUUCGUUCUGCGUCUCUACUGGUCUCCGACCCAGCUCGCAGCGCGUAGUCACCCCCGCCACCUCCGUCUCCAACGCAUCCUCAACGAGUUCUGGCAUGACUCUCCAACCUCACCAACUACAUCUCCCGAUCCACUUUCAUACGCAGAUGCCGUCAGAAUUCGUCCACCAAAGAUCCCUUUUCCAGGUCUUGGACCACACAUCGAUGCAGGAUCACUAUGCCGCUGGGUAGAUCCUGCCUAUCGAUCCGUGUACGACAAAGUCUUCGCUGGCUCUCCAGAAGAGCUCGAUCUAUAUGAUCUUGAAAAGCGGAAAGACGCUAAGCAAUCCAUGGACGGUGGCUACCACUCUACUGUUCUUCGAGCAUACCAAGGAUGGACUGCCCUCACAGCAGCAGGAAAACAAGAAGGAAGCCUGCUGCUAUACCCAGAUGUCAAGACCACGAUAGCUUACGUUCUCCUUCGACCUUUCUUCUCGCCCCCAGAAUCUGACAAGGAGGAGGAUAUCAUGGACGCCAGCAAAUGGAAAUUCGAUAUCUCAUCAGGCUGGUUCCCAGGUACAUUCCGAAAUGAGUCCCAGCGUGCAGCACCGGGUUCACACCCACAUCUUCGGGUUCGGGAAUGCAUGGUCAAUAUUCCUCGCAUGGAGCCAGGAGAUACUGUAUGGUGGCAUUGCGAUAUGUUGCACGCAGUUGAGGUCGAGCAUCUGGGCGAGAACGACGCUUCAGUGGUCUAUGUUGCUGCGACUCCAACUACUGAGAUAAAUAAGGCUUAUAUGCGAGAACAAGUCAAAGCUUUCUUGGAUGGCGGAAAGGCACCUGCUGAUUUUGGAGGAGAUUAUUCUGUUGACAGAAAUGAGUCGGAGUUCAAAGGAUGGGUAGGCGAGGCGGGGAUCUUGAGUGGAGAGGAGGGAAGACGAGCUGCUGGGUUGGUGGCAUUGUGA